AUGGCGGUCGCGGCCGGGCUGGUAACGGAGAAAGUUUCCGCCGACACUGGCCUGUAUUAGCGCGUAUGGCCUCGGGCCCUCGUUCCCCAAGGCGUGCCGUCCCCCUGUUCUCAGUCGCAGGCUGAAGCCUUGUCUUUCCUCCUUUUUGGUUUGGUUUUGGAACUGACUCCGAGGGUUGGGAGAGCGCGUUGGUGGCGACGGCCGAGUCAGGUAGGUAAGUAGAAAUGGGUGGACGGCAGGGCGGCGAGAUCUAGGCAUAGACACUGCCAGGGCUCCGCGUGGUCCGGACCCCAAGCUCCGCCCAGUCGGCCUCCCAGGGCCGGGGUAGGAUACCUGCCGGUGGAGGAGUUAACAGUGGUGGUUGGAGAUUGGGGGGUGUGGGAGCGCCUCUCCGUAUCUUGCAAGGGUUCCCCCUCAACUGGGCGCCACGUUGUGGUCGGGUUCUCCGAGGCAGAGGAUGGUGGAGAACAGCCAAGCUCCUUGUCGGACCUCCCACAUCUCGCUAGAAGGGGGCCGAAAGGGAGAGAAAUUGCUGUUGCUGCUCUAGUGCUGAGGAGUUUGAUAUUCGAGAUGCCAUUUUCCUCGUAUGAGAUGGCUCAAAGAGUUAUCAGUAACUCAGAACUGAAGCACUGAAAUUCCCUGACUCUGAUUUUUUCAGUGUAGUUCUUUCAGCCUUGACACUUCUAGAUGGGACAGAAAGUUUCUGAGUGAAAGUAAUGCAAGUGAUACGGUAUGCCUGAAGCCAUUCCCUAGAGGUAGGACAUGGAGAGAGAAUUGGUUUGGAAGAAUUUGGGUGAAUUAAAUAAAGACUGGUGGAAAGCUGAAAUAGAAACUAAACAUUCAUGGACUCUCCCUUAGUUCUACUAGUUAUUAGUUGUGGGAUAUUAGCUAAGUUCUGUAUUCUCUUUAGGCAUUAGUAAGUGUCCAAUGGCGACCAUUGUUGUUAAAUGUAGUUAUUUUUGUAUUAGUCUUUAUUUUUCAACAAGUAUUUAUUGAAUACCUUCUUGAUGCCGGAUUUUUGCUAGUCACUGGGUGUACAGUAUUGAAGACAAACCCUCAGAGACCUUUUGAUCUAGUGGGAAAUGCAGACAUGAAAUAAGUGAUGGCUGUCUUUUGAAGAAGAUCAGAAUGGGGAAAGACUUUUGUAAAUUAGCCAUUUAAAAACAAUCUGCCAUGUUGAUUUUGGUCCAUAAGAAGAUCACUAUAAACAAAAUUUCCACAAGAGAAAAUGUUGAAAUAGGAGUUGCGGAUACAUUGGAUAUACUGGAUGAAAUACAAGCGGUUAAUUUUUGUAACGUGAGGGAAAAGCCCACAUUGCUGGUUACAUGUGUAAAUCACUGCGUUAUUGCUUUAGUCAUUGUCUCUAUUUAGCAAUGACAAGACUGGAAGAAGUAAAUAGAGAAGUGAACAUGCAUUCUUCAGUGCGGUAUCUUGGCUAUUUAGCCAGAAUCAAUUUAUUGGUUGCUAUAUGCUUAGGUCUAUACGUAAGAUGGGAAAAAACAGCCAAUUCCUUAAUUUUGGUAAUUUUUAUUCUUGGUCUUUUUGUUCUUGGAAUCGCCAGCAUACUCUAUUAUUAUUUUUCAAUGGAAGCAGCAAGUUUAAGUCUCUCCAAUCUUUGGUUUGGAUUCUUGCUUGGCCUCCUAUGUUUUCUUGAUAAUUCAUCCUUUAAAAAUGAUGUAAAAGAAGAAUCAACCAAAUAUUUGCUUCUAACAUCCAUAGUGUUAAGGAUAUUGUGCUCUCUGGUGGAGAGAAUUUCUGGUUAUGUCCGUCAUCGACCCACUUUACUAACCACAGUUGAAUUUCUGGAGCUUGUUGGAUUUGCCAUUGCCAGCACAACUAUGUUGGUGGAGAAGUCUCUGAGUGUCAUUUUGCUUGUUGUAGCUCUGGCUAUGCUGAUUAUUGAUCUGAGAAUGAAAUCUUUCUUAGCUAUUCCAAACUUAGUUAUUUUCGCAGUUUUGUUAUUUUUUUCCUCAUUGGAAACUCCCAAAAAUCCGAUUGCUUUUGCAUGUUUUUUUAUUUGCCUGAUAACUGAUCCUUUCCUUGACAUUUAUUUUAGUGGACUUUCAGUAACUGAAAGAUGGAAACCCUUUUUGUACCGUGGAAGAAUUUGCAGAAGACUUUCAGUCGUUUUUGCUGGAAUGAUUGAGCUUACAUUUUUUAUUCUUUCAGCAUUUAAACUUAGAGAUACUCAUCUUUGGUAUUUUGUAAUACCUGGCUUUUCCAUUUUUGGAAUUUUCUGGAUGAUUUGUCAUAUUAUUUUUCUUUUAACUCUUUGGGGAUUCCAUACCAAAUUAAAUGACUGCCAUAAAGUAUAUUUUACCCACAGGACAGAUUACAAUAGCCUUGAUAGAAUCAUGGCAUCCAAAGGGAUGCGCCACUUUUGCUUGAUUUCAGAGCAGUUGGUGUUUUUUAGUCUUCUUGCAACAGCGAUUUUGGGAGCAGUUUCCUGGCAGCCAACAAAUGGAAUUUUCUUGAGCAUGUUUCUAAUCGUUUUGCCAUUGGAAUCCAUGGCUCAUGGGCUCUUCCAUGAAUUGGGUAACUGUUUAGGAGGAACAUCUGUUGGAUAUGCUAUUGUGAUUCCCACCAACUUCUGCAGUCCUGAUGGUCAGCCAACACUGCUUCCCCCAGAACAUGUACAGGAGUUAAAUUUGAGGUCUACUGGCAUGCUCAAUUCUAUCCAAAGAUUUUUUGCAUAUCAUAUGAUUGAGACCUAUGGAUGUGACUAUUCCACGAGUGGACUGUCAUUUGAUACUCUGCAUUCCAAACUGAAAGCUUUCCUCGAACUUCGGACAGUGGAUGGACCCAGACAUGAUACGUAUAUUUUGUAUUACAGUGGGCACACCCAUGGUACAGGAGAGUGGGCUCUAGCAGGUGGAGAUACACUACGCCUUGACACACUUAUAGAAUGGUGGAGAGAAAAGAAUGGUUCCUUCUGUUCCCGGCUUAUUAUCGUAUUAGACAGCGAAAAUGCAACCCCUUGGGUGAAAGAAGUGAGGAAAAUUAAUGACCAGUAUAUUGCAGUGCAAGGAGCAGAGUUGAUAAAAACAGUAGAUAUUGAAGAAGCUGACCCGCCACAGCUAGGUGACUUUACAAAAGACUGGGUAGAAUAUAACUGCAACUCCAGUAAUAACGUCUGCUGGACUGAAAAGGGACGCACAGUGAAAGCAGUAUAUGGUGUGUCAAAACGGUGGAGUGACUACACUCUGCAUUUGCCAACGGGAAGCGAUGUGGCUAAGCACUGGAUGUUACACUUUCCUCGUAUUACAUAUCCCCUAGUGCAUUUGGCAAAUUGGUUAUGCGGUCUGAACCUUUUUUGGAUCUGCAAAACUUGUUUUAGGUGCUUGAAAAGAUUAAAAAUGAGUUGGUUUCUUCCUACUGUGCUGGACACAGGACAAGGCUUCAAACUUGUCAAAUCUUAAUUUGGACCCUAAAGCGGGAUAUUAAUAAGCACUCAUACUACCAAUUAUCACUAACUUGCCAUUUUUUGUAUGCUGUAUUUUUAUUUGUGGAAAAUACCUUGCUACUUCUGUAGCUGCUCUCACUUUGUCUUUUCUUAAGUAAUUAUGGUAUAUAUAAGGCGUUGGGAAAAAAUAUUUUAUAAUGAAAGUAUGUAGGGAGUCAAAUGCUGACUGUAAAUGCAUAAGAGACGUUAAAAAUAACACUGCACUUUCAGGAAUGUUUGCUUAUGGUCCUGAUUAGAAAGAAAACAGUUGUCUAUGCUCUGCAAUGGCCAAUGAUGAAUUACUAAUGCCUUAUUUUCUAGGCAUAUAAUAGUUUAGAGAAUGUAGACCAGAUAAAUUUGUUUACUGUUUUAAGAAAACUACCAGUUUACUUACAGAAGAUUUUUUUUUCCAAACAGUAGGUUUCAUCCAAGACCAUUUGAAGAACUGCAAACUCUUUCUCUUAGAAAAGAAAGAGGGCUGCCUAAAAUAAACGCAAAAUUUGCUUAUACUCCAUCACAUUCAGAUGUCUUGGUUGUGACUUAUUACCAGUGUAGCAGAGAACCCAAGUUACAUUUUAGAUCAAAAUAUUCUUUAUGUAGGUAUUGUUAAAAGGCUAGAGCCUACAAGUUGCUCUUCCAUGCGUUGGUUGGGGGGCCCUGAAAACACUGGUAAUAUUAAGAGUCUUCCUCAGGGUAACUUAAUGUUUUCUUAAUGAACAAUGUUUCCAGCUACAAAUUCUUCCAAUAAAUUGUCUUCCUUUUUGAAAAGUACUCUCAGAAGAAAUUUAGCAAUUUCUCAUUGACUGACUCAGUCUAAGUAUUCAGAAAAGAUUUUGAUCCCCAUUGAGUUAAUGCUCUGCCAUGAAAAUUAUUUUUCUGAUCCUUGUUAGUGGUAACAUUUUUUUUUUUACUGAAUGUCAAAGGAUAGAAAACAAGUAUUUCUCUUCUUGUAUACAUGUAAUGUGUUAUGUAAAAAAGUAUUCCUAUUGGCAAUUUUAGUUAGGCAUAAUAUUAUGGUUGUAAUUUUUAAAACUUAGUGUUUUAUCUGAUUAAAGCAGGCACUGAUCAGGUUAUCUCCUAAGAGGUAAUUCACUUCUUAUUCCUUUCCAAUAAUUAUUACAUUCUAAAUUUUCAUCUAUGAGAAAUAACAAGAAGGGAAUAGAAUUAAAUUGGGGUAUAAUCUGAUCUUCAUUGUUUAAAUGGUUUGCCUUCUCACCAUUGAAGCCAUUUUUUUCUAGCCUCAGAAAGAGGAAAUAAUGCCUCCACCAUUUUCUACCUGGUGACUUGAAAAUUGAACUUUUAAGUUAGGAAGAAGUUAGAGUCAGGGAACCUGUAUACCACUAUCUAUGCAGCACUGUUAUAGUCUGAUUAUUUCUGUGUUUUGAAUAUGAUUUCCCUAAUGCUCUAAAUAAAAUUUUGUUAAAAAUUAA